UCAGUGAAACCAAAAGAGUGAAUCCCAGUUGUACGUUUCUUAAUUUUUCAGAAAGAUUUCGUUUUAUUGCUUUUAAAGGUAAAAUCUACCCAAAAACGAGAGAACGUUUAUUCGAUUUGCAUCCUAAUUGUCAUCUUUGACAAAUCAACUGCCAAACCGAAUGCCGAUAAUCACACGGCAAUUAUUUUAAUCCAAACAAAUUUUGCAUCCAAUCAAGACAUUCUGCGGCAAAUCUCGAAAAUGUUCCGAAUUGAAGAUCUAGGGAAGACACACGGCGGGUAAUUCAAGAUUUUGCAAACGCGAACGUUCGUUUUCGGUGGUCCAAAAAGAUUUGCAUUCACGUUCUACAUAAGUGUAUAUUGGAACAUCAAACCAGUUUCCAAUUUCCAGACAAUUUGCGUCGAUCGAAUGGCUUUUCCUAUAGAUACAGCAGCGGACUAUAUGGUUCAGAAUAGAUCGGAUUCAGUUUCAGUUUAAAAUUCACUGGAAGGCUCGUCUUCCUUUUGCAAACUUGAAAUUUGCCGGUUUCUUUGCGGUGAUGUAGCAGACUUUUUUUUCGCGUGUUUCAUUUCAUUUCGGGUUCAUUCGUUUGAAGACGGAAGUUGAACCAGAAUUCAAAGUGGUUAUGGUAAAACGAUAUAUAAUGUCACCAAGUUUUUGGAAGAUGUUCUGAACGUCCUGGUUCUGGUUUGCUCGUCUGCCGCUCAGAAUUAGAAUCUAAUUUUGGGGCUUUCCAGCUCUCCAUACCACCCCGGCUUCCUUUCCAGGGACUUCCCGAUCCACGCGAUUUGGGUAUCGUAUAAAAAGAGAAUCUGGAUUCCAGGGAUUUAUCAGUCACAUCCUAAGCUUCCGUAAAGAAACAACCCAGCAAACCCAAAACCAAACGUGAAAAUGAAAAUCGCCAUCGUAUUCGUUGCCAUCGUUGCCCUGGCUCUGGCCGCCCCAGUCGAAGAAAAAGAUGCCCAAGUGGUCCGAUACGACAGUGAUGUUGCCGCCGAUGGAUACAGCUUCCAGUACGAAACCAGCAACGGAAUCAAGCACCAGGAAAAGUCGGAGCUGAAGAAGUUCGAUGAAGAAGUUUCGGCCCUCGUUGUCCGCGGAUCUUUCUCCUUCGUCGGUGCUGAUGGCGUCACCUACACCGUGAACUAUGUUGCCGAUGAGAACGGAUUCCAGCCGGAAGCUGCCCAUCUGCCCAAGGCCUAAGGACCCGGAAACGGCGAAGCGAUAGAUCAUCAAACAUCCUCCACAUUCAACAUUCAGUCCAAAAACAAGUUAAAACCAUUGUAAAUUUUGUGUAGAUAAAUACCAAGACGAACAAAACUGUAAAAAUCCCAAACGAUCAAUU